UUGGGGUAUUAAGUUCCUUUCGCAUCGUUUACCGUUCGAUUUUCACGCCCAAGAAAUUAGUAAACAUUUUUAAAAACGAAGAAAAUUAGACAGAGACCUAAUGAAAUUGUCUUCGUUUUAAUACAAGCACAAACCUGUAUUACCGGUAAGCUUCUUGAUCAGCCUCCCCCCCUCCCACAAACCUGUCAAGAUAUGCAGCUUUAUAGUGUGAUAUAAUGUGUCACAUCAUGCAUAAAAUAGCAUGCUCACUUUGUGGACGGGUGCUUCACACGCCUUUGAUUUCAAGGUACGUUUCUGGCUUUUCUACGUUCUGUUUUCGCCUUCUAAGACUUUUGUAUCGAGCAAUCACGUUUAAUUGCGUCAGUGUUAUGGUUUGAAGGCCCUAAAAGUUGGUUAAGCGGCAUAUAAUCAAACUGAGAUCUUGAUAGUUAUUCAUCUAUUACGUAGUUGAAUAUAGCGAUUACAGAGCAAAUACUGAGGCAAAGUUAAGUCCAAAUAUGCCUAAAAACGCCGAGAGUUUGGUAACCUCGUUAAAACACAAUGUAUUCACAUGCUUGCUUUCAAACAAUUUCAGCUUUAAAAUAUGGUUUGUAGAUUUUAAAGACCUCAGAAUCAGAUGAUAUUACGACAGGAAGGUUAAAUCAGUCGAACGACUUGACACUAGUUGCUCUUGUUUGACUCCCAGCUCUUUGAGGGUCACGGAAUCACAUUCCUGUAGAGCGCGUUCAAACAAACCCAGUAGUCUAAUCAUACUUCUUAAAAUCAACUUUUCUAUUCUGCUGUAGCAAAUUAUCGUUUCUGAAUGGGUCGUAAGAUAGUGUUAGCAUACAUGUGAAAUAUAUUUUCAUGCAAAUUGUUCGUAUUAUAAUGUAUUGUGAAUAAUUUCCACGUUGAAGAUGAAUAAUGAUCAUGUUGACAAAGGGCUCUUGUUAUUUCUUAAUUAUAUUUUCGCCGUAUCGUUGGAUUUCUUCUCUCUAAUUGCAGUCAAUUUCGAAGUUGUAUUGGUAGUUGCUCUAAUUUUGCUAGCAUCGUUUAAUUUUCUUUCGUGACCUAUUUCGUAAUGACAUACGUAGGACACACUAUGUUUGUUUAUUUACGCGUGCAAUUCUAAUGUUCGCUGAAGAAUUAAACUUGAUUUAAAUUCCUAAUUUCUUGUCUCGCGCAAAUUACUACUUUCCCCAAGACUGGCGCUCGGUCAGCGUUGUCGUUGUGUGAUCUCGUUUUGAUAAAACGGGUUGAGGCGUCAUUGAAUCAAGUAAUGUUUUAGUUUUAACUAUAAAGGAUUUAAGGCUUGAGUUUUGUAGAGUCGUAUUAUUGAUGGCCUAGUGACCAUGCAUUGAAUACUAAAUAUUUCAAAAGCAAGUAUUUUCUUCCGUUUGAAGGGAAAUGCAUCGGAAGUUAUGCGAAUUAUAUGACAUAACCAUUUUCCUGUAGUGGCAACUGCAGACCUUGACCACAAGGCUCUGACCACAAGGUUUAAAUUCCGCCUUGUGUAAUAUCCAAGAGUGAGAAGAUUUCUAAGAAUAGCCAAUUUCUAACAGUCGCUAGUUUUCCUUUGUGUCUACGUCUAAGACUGUAGACUGCUUUAAAUCGGUCUUUUUAGGAGUAUUGUAUCGAAACAUUUGACAAUUGUGACUUGAAAGAUGCUUUGAUUUUGUCCUAAUGGGUUUUACUCUAAGAUCACUUUGUGUUAUACGGUCUUAGUUGAGACUUGACAGCCAACGAGUGUGUCAUUUUUCAUCAUAGUUGGCCAGAAUUAUAUGCCCCAUCACGUUUUAUCGUAUAAUCCUGGUAACAAACUAUGACUAAGCGGAAACCAUUACUUUCAACGCAUUUUAUCGAACACUUGUUUGAAACAUAAUAUAGACUGUCACUCCUGAGGUCAUCGUUAAAUGCGAUUUGCACAAAGCACACAAAGCACACAAAGCUCAAUGACGUGAAAAUAUGUGGUUUUUAAAACAGUAUCGAUUUCUAAAGCGUAUUCCUCUCCAUGCGCUCUAUUUUAGUGAAUGUACGAACAUUUCUAUCGCUAUCCGGCUUGCAGCUGAAUAGGAGAUACUUGGCUUAAACUUGGCGAUUUCCUUUGGAGAAAUUUAUAAACCAAUAUACCCUUUUGUCACGUGCAAGUUUGAAUGGCUCUGAAAGACUCUCGUGUUGUAAAAUUUUGCGGCAAACCCUGCUUUCCUUUAUUAAUGUCAUUUGUUACAGGGGACACAGGUUACGCAAUUUUUGGCGAUACACCGUGGCCGUCCGAAAUUUUCUCCAGAUCAGACUUCAUCGUUUCAUCACGGCCACACUGCGAAGAUUAUUCUCGAGUAUUCUGCCGGGGCACCCAACGACGGUUUCCUCCUAAAUACAUUGAAAUUACUAUUUAGGCUAUCCAGAGUACUUUCAGAUGUCGAGACUGAUGCAUUCUAAGUAGCGCUAUAAAAUCUGUAUCUGUUCGGUCAUCCUAGGGGAACUUGAGUCAGUUUCGAAAUUACAAGGGCUUGAGUAGUGUUUUCCCGAAAAUUUUAGAUGCAAUUUGAAGUAUUACGAAAGUGAGACAUUUUCUGAUUUCUCUCUCCAUUGCAUUUUUGAGUCCGAAAAUUUUAGGUUUCCUUUUCUCCACGAAAAAUAGCCUAACUAGGAAGUGAAAUGUGAAAAUUAAACUUUAGAAAAUCGUAGGGAAUUUAUUAGAUAAGCUUCGAAAAUUGUACAUGAGUGGAACGUUCAUCUAGAAAUUUUUAGCAGUACUCAAGUAAUAGAAAAUUCUUGGCAAUAUUUGCUUCUUCAAACAGAUAUUCACAGAAAACAGUCGUUGAGUGCUCCUGAAUCUGCAUCACACGGUCAUACAAUGUACUAAAUAUAAAAACUUAUAUUAGGAACGAAACAGCACGUGAAACGUCCUUCAAGAUAUCCCACAGCCCUGUCCGUUUAUUGCUUUCCUUCCAGUAUUUCUUCUCAUGCGAGCCUUUUGAAGUGGGUUUUAGAUAUUUUAGUCACCUUUAUAAUCUACUCAGUGAUAUUGUCUAAAAUUGCUUCGUGACUAUUGUCCUUAAGUAGCAUAGUUUUUCCUUUACUCAUUAUUAAUAUCACAAACUUUUGAAAAUGAGAAAUCUUUAGCGCGGCGGGAAGCGAAAUCGAAAUCUAGAAUUUACUGAGAAAUAUUAGGACUCGUAAGGUAUCUAGUAUCCAUGGAACAAGGUAUGGAUGUAACCUGAAACUUUUCGUUAAAAAAAUUUUAUCUCUGUACUAAAUCUCUCUGACUGUCUUUUCGUAAUUGCAAUAUAACUUAUGAUUGCAAAUAAAAAGGAAAAAGGGAAGCUUGGCAAUAUACAGUGGGUCCUGAAUAUUUCAACAACUACGUAUUGGAGGAACCGACUUUGAAACUGUGAUCAUGAAGAUUGUCUGGUUGCUAAAAAUAGCUCGAUCAGUAUUUCAUCUUUUUGUUGUUGGAACACAAUACAGCUAUAUAACUUUCCACAUCCAUCAUCUGUUAAAUUCUUGUUAAGUUACUCAGUCAAAUUUGUCGUUGCACUGACGAUUUUUGAAAGUUUACCAAAAUCCUUCUUUUGAACGGACAUUUGUUGGUCACAUUCUAGAGUGGAGACAUGCCACAACGUAUCGCAUUUUUUCACCCGGGUGCCACAAGGUUUGCACUGAACUAUUUCAACAUUUUAGAGACACUCUUGACACCCAAUGAAGAAACUCUUUGCAUUUUGCCUUAAUUUUUGUAUAAUACAAAAUUUUGUUAACUCUUGGUGACUUGUAACUGGAAAGUCCCCCCUCCACAUAGUUUCUCGUUUCUUGUCAAUGGAAAAUGAUAAUAAAUCCUCAGUGAUGGCAGUCUAUGAAUGUUAAUAAUAUUUAUUAUUUGUUUUUUUUAUUUAGAGAAUUUCAUCUACCGACGUUAAAAAUAUGACUACAGGCUAGAAAAAUUAGUAAUCAAUCAUAGAAUGUAGCAUUGAAGUGAGUACGAGGGAUAAACCCGCGGAUCUGACUCGAAGUCCUGUGAAUUAAGCCCCAAAAAUUAUUGCCAUUUUUCCCCGAGCAAGUGAGGAUACACAUAUGCAACUCGAGCAGAAUUUAAAGUUUUCUUCUUUUUUUUUGACAUGUACUUUGUUUAUUUAACUUUUUGUUUUUUAACUAUUUUUUAUUUUGUUUUACAAUGAGUUCGUGUAUUACUGACAAUGUUUUAUACACUCUAAUUAUGAACACGAAAAAAUACAAAAGAAAACUAAAGAAAGCGAAACCAAACAUAUAUACAGCACACACACAACAGUACUUAGUAAUACACAGACCCCAGUACAUGUUUCCUUUAUUUACAUGAAAAAUUAGUUAAGGCAGAAAUGCGGCGAAAGAAUCGAAUGCUAAUCUAUUUAAAUGUGGGGCUUUAAGUCCUCCAUCUUCGAUGUCACUACUAAGUGCAAAGCGUUUAACUUUGUCCUUCCCUUUCCACAUUAAAUCAAAGAUAAUUUUGUUUGCCUCUUUCACAAAUUCUUUAUCCAAUGAAUGCGAUAUGUUUAGUUUAGUUGAAUAAAAUAUAAGAAGACAGGGAUGAUAAAGGUUUUGACAAUUUGAAUUCUCCCUGUGAUUGUCAGAUCCCUCUACCUCCAGAUUCAUAGCUUUUUAAGUUGAAAGGAGCUUAUUAAUUCAUUAUUAAUUUUUAUUUUAGAGCUGGCACCGGAGGGCUUGUUGGUGUUUAAGCUGCAGUGAAGAUCUCACUAACAUGUUUCGGCCCUUAUAAACCCUAACCUUACAGAAGACCGUAAACGAUGAUGUAUUCACUCCACGACAUCACAACUGUUUGCCCAAAACUAGAGCCUGUUGAUUCUGACGAAGGCGAAUGCAAUGAAGUCAGGAAUCUCAACCAGCGUCAGGAGAGAGAAGUUGGCGCCUUUGCCGAACGGUUUGCUAUAAACAACAACACUAUUCAUGUAAAGGAGAGUGAAUACAACAGCACUGCAAAAGGCGACAAGAGUUUGCCCGUGAGAACAACAACCAACGGCUUGGCACCUUACGACAACGUAUCAACCACCCAAUCAAGCAACAUGUUUCCUGAGCAGUUGACCGUUACUAACACUACUGCAAGCCAUACGGCUGUUUCCAUGGAUACAUCUACACCGGAAAUAAAGAUAGGAAACGCGUUCACCGUGGUUCCAAUUUAUGAGAUCAAUGGACAUGAAGGGCAGUAUUAUCCUGUGAGUGCCGCAGAAAGUGUUCCCGAUACUCAAAAGAGUACCCAGCAGAUUUACAGUAGCAACAACAUUGAUUCCCAUAAAGGAACAUUUCUUCAACAAAAUGGUGCAGCCGAGGGAUUGUCGUCGUAUCCAUCGAGUAUUUACGGUACAGUGCCAUAUGACUAUAUGGCCUCCAAUUCAGGGCUUUCACCAUACCAAGGAUUAGCUUCAUACAGUGGUACUCACAGAGCCUUGACACCUUAUGAGAUGGGACUCCAGGCAAAGCCUUGCUGUCAAUGUUCCUGUCACCUGCAAGUAUCAGCUUCAUCCGCUCAUCUGCCAGUAUAUGACCUGCAAAGCCAGCGGCCAUCAGUCAUCAUGGUACCUUCCAAAGUGCCUGGCAACUUGGAUGGCGGGAUCUGGGGUUCAAACGCAAAGGUAAAUUCAAACAAGUUAAUUUAUUUGUAUGGUAAUCUUUCUCAUCCUUUCUUCACUGCCCCUCUCUCGCGCUUCUCAUUUCGCGAGCCUUUCGCGCAUGACUUCUCGCGAUAUCUCCCAGAAUAGAAAGCUAGCCCGGUGCAGGCUACACAGAUCACAGAGAGUUAAGUACAGCGUGAUCUGAGUUUGUUGUCACAAAGCAGAGCAGAGGUUACGAGAAUUUGACAAUAAAUCGCCGACUCCUUAAGGGCGGGAGUGGGUAGGGACUGCAGACAAGCCGGGCGAAUGGCUAACAAAUCGUGACUAGCAAGUGCUAACAAAGAGAUAAGAUCAUUACAUGAAAGAAGAUUAUCGCAGUUCAAGACCCAACUUUUGCAGUUGCGGAAGGAAAGGCUGAAAUUUUUUUGAGGCUUUGUUUUUCGCCCUUGGAAGAGCUGCGUCUUUAACUGCGAUGAUCUUCUUUCAUUUAAUUCCUCACCCCAGCAGUUCCUAUGUAUGAUUUUUCAUAUUUAUCAUUUUAAUGGUAUCAUUGUCUCUACUGACCAUCAUCGCGAUAGUGAUGUUGUAGGCAAAGGGUUUUCACUCACGUAUUCAGUGGCUAUAAUUGCAGUUUCUUAAAAGAAAACAAUGAAUCUUAUUUUACCCAAAUCAAAAAAAAAGAUCAACUCCUACGGAAAUGGUUGAGACCUUUUAACCCUAAACUGGCCAAAAUCUAAAUUCAACAAAACAAAUUUCCAAAUUCAUUAUGUAAGAUGCUGAAAAACUAAAAGCACCAUGUAGAAGCGCUGCCAAACGGGUUUCGUUUGAAUGGUAACAUCAAAGGAUUUCAUCCACAGACUCAAAAGUUAGAACUACAUACGAAGUAAAUACUACCAUGUGAAAGUACUGCUGAAGAGGUUCCAUUUGAAUGGUAACACCAUGGGAUUUCAUCCACAGACUCAAAAGUUAGAACUACAUACUAAAUAAAUACUACCAUGUGAAAGUACUGCUGAAGAGGUUUCAUUUGAAUGGUAACACCAUAGGAUUUCAUCCACAGACUCAAAAGUUAGAACUACAUACUAAAUAUAUAGUACCCAUGAUGUGAAAGUACUGCUGAAGAAGUUUCAUUUGAUUGGUCACACCACAGGUUCUGAUCCACAGACUCAAAAGUUAGAACUACAUAUUCAAUAAAUGGUACCAUGUGAAAGUACUGCUUAAGAGGUUUCAUUUGAAUGGUAACACCAUAGGAUUUCAUCCACAGACUCAAAAGUUAGAACUACAUACCAAAUAAAUAUUACCAUCUGAAAGUAUUGCUGAAGAGGUUUUAUUUGAAUGGUCAGACCAUAGGAUUUCGCUCACAGACUCAGAACCACUUUACAGGUUACCAACAUUCACUCUGAAAGUGAAAGGUUAAAAAUCAACCGAAAUAUCGCCGCCGUUAUAUCUGUUUUGGAUACAUCAAUAUGGCCGACGUGAUUUGAUGACAUGCAAAAGCGCUCAAUACAAAUUUGAUACAAUUUUUGGGUAUCCUGCCUAAUUUUUUCACCUCUCUAAUUAUGCCACGAAGUGUAAUCCGGAUAGCGGAAUCCGGAAUCCUAGACUUUAAUGUCCGGAAUGCAGGUCAAAGAAUCCGUAGUCCAAGACUUUCUUGGAUUACCUUUUAUGGGGCGAAAAUUAGGAAAUUUUUCCCAGGAUGUUUAAAUAUCCUCUGUAGUAAUGGUCAAAAUUCCGUAAACUCCUGUGAUAAUCUUUUACCAAAACGAUGCCUGUUACAGAGGUCUGCCUUCAGUUUUGAUUCGUAAUUGGUUUAAUUUUUACAAAACUAGUAACCGGUUUGAUAUUCUUUGAAGGUUGAUUCAGAUUCAUCCGACGAUGACGAAGAAGGAAAUGAAGAAAAGUACUUUCGUGUGAAUAUCGAUGGCACAACAGCAAGGUUCAAAUUAACCCGAGAAGACUGGGAAAGGAUUCCAAUUAAUACUUUCCCAAGCGGUGGCCGACUGUUGAGUGGCGACUGGACAAGAAUCUUCCUUGAAAAAGUUAAAGAAAGCAAUCCAUGGUGCAGUUUACGCUUCAAAAAUAAUCACGUGAGAUCAGAAAACUCGCGCAAAAUCCACUCAGCGGUUUUCUUCAGAGGAGGUGCAGAAUGCAAGCGACCAGAGUGCAAUGUGAAAGUGCGAUUUGUCAUCCAGAAAGAGAGAGGAAAAUAUGUGGAUGUGUCGUAUGUUGGCAACGUGUGUCACAGCAGCCAACUUGGUGGAGGUAGCGUCGCAAGUGACAAGAAGAGAAAGCAAGUCCGAAGAACGCGUAUACCAUCCAACCUCCCUGGGUGACUAGCUCGACGUUUGUAAAAACCUUUCAUUUAUUGUUUUGCCUAGGAACAUUAUAAUUUUUACCCGUGUGUUAAGUGUAGAAUACCAAGAAUUUUAUGUAGCCUUGAUUUACGACUGAGACACGGUGGGUAGUUUCGGUGGAGAGGGAAAGGAUUGUAAUCAGGUGUUAACUUAUUUCUUUACAACAAUGCCGGCUUCUCCAAAAACAAAUUAUUUAAACUGGAUGACACGGACACAAAACCAGCCUUUUUAAAUUAUGAUCUUUUUUAUCAACCUGGUCUUGCUAUUUAAACUCUCAGUUUGUUUAUAAUAAUCUAAUACAAAAAACACUCAUUCAUUCUACACUGACAAAAAUGGAACAGAAAAAUUUAGCAGUUUUAUAUCGAAGAGACGCAUUUUUAAAGUUAAACAUUUGAACAAGAAACUUCGAGGAACUUGAGAGAAAGAGGCACUUAAGGGUAUGGUAAAUUUAUAAUGAAAAUGAAAUCGUUUAUUAAAGACUUAUUUACACGGAAUAACCUUUUUGUUGCAGGCGAUGCCCUUAGGGUAGGUUUUAUCUGCUCCCAGACGCUCUGUUCAAAGUACUUCCGAUCGUUUUUUUCCUGUUUUUCUGAGUUGUUAGCAACUGAUAAUAUUUUAAGAAUAUAACAACGGAACUUUUAAAAGACCCCCCGAUAUCAAUUUAACAUAAUUAGUGGAUCGACCAUAUCAAAUCAUUCAGUAUGGGCGGUGCUUAUAAAUAUUUUGCGUCUAAAUGCGGUGCUUAUUAGGGAGUGCCACUCUUACUCGGUAUUCGCAUCUUUUAUCGCAAACUCAUCGCUUGCAACAAGGUUGUACUUUGUGUAAACCAACCUUGGACUAACACCAACGCGUUUUCUUUUGAAAGCGCAAAAUAAUAAUGGUAAUUUUAUAUAUUUCUUGAUCUGAUGUCUCAACAUUCUCACAACAGUUACCCAAUAUUGUGAUCGUUUGGCAUCCCCUCUCUAUAUUGUUGUGGCACGCACGUUGAUGACGAAGAAAGCAAACUCCUCGCAAUAUCAAGCAGUCUGGCAAAGUCCCCCAAACAGUGUUGUACAUUGUCCCUGAAAAGCCCUGAGGGGAGUGGAUAAUAAGAUAUUUACGAUUUACAAUCUACAAUUUACAUUAUUGCAAUAUUGUGACAACAUUUCUUUCAUUCUGGAAGCCGUAUGAGCCACUUUCUUAUGCUCUCUCGUUCUUUUGCUCAAUGUAUCUACUUUUCCUUUCAACUCGUUCAAGAGCCUGCGAUCUCUUUUGUCAGCCCCAAGGAGUGCUGGAUUAGGGUAUCGCGGGCUCUGGGGAAGUGACUGCUUUUUCUUUGAUAAUAAUGAACUUGAGAGGAUUUUGUGAUCGUUUGAUGCACAGUCUUCAAUAUGACUCAACGAACUCUCAAAAAUGUUGUGAGAAUGUUGAUACUGUUUAGCACGGCUAAGAGCUGCACUUGUCACAGUGUAUUUGGAAGUUUUUUUGACGGAAGCAUUUCAUAUUGCUCAAUAUCCAUUUCAUAUAAACUGAAACUUUUGUACUCGCUCCUAGCUCCAUUUUGCGAUGCCACCGACGGUUUGCCCGCGAAAUGACGUCUGAGAAGUUUCACAAGCGGCACGACCAAUCAGAAGCACUACCCAGAUAUGGGUAGUGACACGUCAUCAGUAUGGAAUUUCUGCGCUGGUUUCUCAGACGUCAUUUCGCGGGGAAACCGUCAGUGGUGUCGCGAAAUGUUGUCUGUUUUCUCAGGCUAACUCGCCCCGGAUUUCCGAAAGAUGCAGGAAACUUAUACCUAGUGAAAGAAGAUAUUAUCUAAUUUAUUCCUGACAUUUACUCGUAUUUUUAAAACAAAAUAGUAUUACAUAUUUGAAUUACAAACUUGAAAUAUAAACACCUGAUUUGAGAUUGUGAACUUUGCAUAUCUCAGUGAGGAUUUUGCAUACUCUGCAGAAUACAUCUAUAUAUUUUUCUAUAUGCGUAUUUUAGAAAGUUUCGCUUAGUUUAAUGUUAUAAACUUGAACUUAUUGCGUGGACAAGUUUUGUAGUUAAUUAGUUUGAGAAUAAUUCGAAUUCAUUAAAUGUAAUUCCGUAUUGCUUGGAAGUGCUCUUCAUAUAGUAAAUAGAAUUUAUUUAGCGAAAUAAAGAAGCCUUGACUGUGCUCUGUUCUGUUGUAAAGCACGCAAUGCGUAGGAAGCGGGUAGAGCGAAAGAAGUGUAGGGGGAAGCACAAGACGUAGUUGUGUUUCUCCUUACUUCGUGAGUGCUUUACAGCAACAACAACAAACAAAAACAAGCUUUA